CCGAAACACCAACGGUUCGUACUCUUUACGCCGGAACAAACCAGUCCGCAAACAACGCACCCGCGAUUGUUAUCGCACACACACUGAGGUACACGUUCACUCUCGUCUGCCGCGUCGUCUCGCACAUAACAUUACAAUAAAAUAUACACAUUCACGCACGCGAACGCAAUAUAGCUCCGGCCGUUCGGGUUCCAGCAGGAUAACCCAUACGAGCACCCGGACGCCAUGCGCCUGCAACGGAACGGCAAGAUGUCUUUGAAACCGCGUAAAAACAUGUAUUUAAUACUGUUGUUUUCAAUCGUGGGUAUUCAGUUUGCUUAUUCUCAGCAAACCAACCCAAAUGAUUUGGAAGUGGUACUUAACAUUGAAGAUAGCAAUAAAACUCAAUAUCAUGAGCAAAAUUUUGAUACCAUGGCCUAUAUAUUCGGCUACGAAGUAGGUCCAAAUGGUCAAUUCCACCAUGAAAAUAAAGGUCCGGAUGGAUUCACAUAUGGUUGUUACGGAUAUGUAGAUCCAGAAGGAAAAUUACAAGCAACUCAUUAUAUAUCUGAUGGCUGGGGAUACAGAGUAGUCACACCGGGUGAAUCUGUAGAAAUUUUCCAUCAUAAGCAUGAUCCUGCUGAUGAAAAUCAAGCUAAUGAAAGUUCUGAAGGAGGUUCUGAACAUGAACAUCAUGGACACCACGGAGUGGUAACAGCAUGGGGUGAUCUUUAUUUCCCAAAAGGAUGUGGAGGAGGAAGACCAAUUCAAGGAACUGGUCAAUUAGGUGGAUCAGGUUCUUCAGGAUACCCCAGCUUUGUUGGAGUUGGUCAACCAGGACCAGCAGGUGCACCAGGAUCUUCCGGAGCUCCAGGAUCACCAGGAUCUGCUGGCACACCAGGAUACCCAGGUUCUUUUGGAUACCCUGGUAAACCAGGAUCACCUGGAUCGCCAGGUUCACCAGGAUCUCCUGGUUCUCCAGGUUCUCCAGGAUCUCCUGGUUCUCCAGGCUCCCCAGGGUCCCCAGGUUCUUUGGGGUAUCCUGCAUCAAACGGGUCUCCAGGUUCACCAGGAUCCCCGGGUUCAUUUGGUAAACCAGGAUAUCCAGGCGCACCAGGCGCACCAGGCUCCCCAGGAUCACCAGGAUCACCAGGAUCCCCAGGAUCACCAGGAUCAUUUGGCUACCCAGGAUCAGGAUCUCCGGGCUCACCAGGAGCUCCAGGCUCACCAGGAUCACCAGGAUACCCAGGAUCACUUGGCUACCCAGGAUCAGGAUCUCCGGGCUCACCAGGAGCUCCGGGUUCACCAGGAUCACCAGGAUCUCCUGGAUCACCAGGAUAUCCAGGAUCACUAGGCUACCCAGGAUCAGGAUCGCCGGGCUCACCAGGAUCCCCGGGUUCAUUUGGUAAACCAGGAUCUCCGGGCUCACCAGGAGCCCCAGGCUCACCAGGAUCCCCAGGCUCACCAGGAUCCCCAGGAUACCCUGGAUCACUUGGCUACCCAGGUUCAGGAUCUCCAGGCUCACCAGGAUCACCAGGCUCACCAGGAUAUCCAGGACCACUUGGCUACCCUGGAUCUGGAUCUCCAGGCUCUCCAGGAUCUCCGGGCUCACCAGGCGCUCCGGGCACACCAGGAUCACCGGGAUCACCAGGAUAUCCAGGAUCACUUGGCUACCCAGGAUCAGGAUCCCCCGGCUCACCAGGAGCUCCGGGCUCACCAGGAUCUCCUGGAUACCCAGGAUCACUUGGUUAUCCAGCAUCAGGAUCUACAGGCUCACCAGGAUCUCCGGGCUCACCAGGAGCUCCGGGCACACCAGGAUCACCAGGAUCACCGGGAUCACCAGGAUAUCCAGGAUCACUUGGCUACCCAGGAUCAGGAUCCCCAGGCUCACCAGGAGCUCCAGGCUCACCAGGAUCCCCCGGAUACCCAGGAUCACUUGGUUAUCCAGCAUCAGGAUCUCCAGGCUCACCAGGAUCUCCAGGAACACCAGGAUCUCCAGGCUCACCGGGAGCUCCGGGAUCACCAGGCUAUCCUGGUUCUUUGGGUUCAGGUAGUUCGUUAGGUUCUCCGGGAACCCCAGGUUCAUUUGGUAAACCAGGAUAUCCAGGCUCACCAGGAUCUCCAGGAGCACCGGGAUCACCAGGAUCACCAGGUUCACCUGGUUCUUUGGGAUAUCCCGGAUCAAGUAAACCAGGAUAUCCAGGCGCACCAGGAUCAGGAUAUCCAGGAUCACCAGGAGCUCCGGGAUCUCCAGGAUCCCCAGGAUCACCUGGAUCUCCAGGAUCACUUAGCUACCCAGGAUCAUUUGGCUACCCAGGGUCACAAGGAUCUCCAGGAUCACCGGGCUCACCAGGAUCUCCAGGAACACCAGGAUACCCAGGAUCACUUGGCUACCCAGGAUCAGGAUCACCAGGAUCAUUUGGCUACCCAGGCUCACAAGGAUCUCCAGGAACACCAGGAGCUCCGGGCUCACCUGGAUCCCCAGGUUCUUCUGGAUCAUUAGGUUACCCAAGUGGUUAUCCAGUAUCAUCAGGAACUCCAGGAUCACCCGGAAAACCAGGAUUGCCAGGAACUCCUGGAUUACCAGGUAAACCAGGUUCAGGGUUACCGGCAAGUCCAUCUACAGUUUAUCCAAGUUAUCCAGGUUCUCCAGGUUCACCAGGAUUACCAGGAACUCCCGGAUUACCAGGUAAACCAGGAUCUCCAGGCUAUCCAUCAUAUCAACAACCAUUACCUUACCCCCCUUCAUCUUAUCCUAGUACAUCAGGCUCGUCAGGUUUACCAGGAACUCCAGGAAUUCCAGGAGCUCCAGGAUUGCCAGGUUCACCAGGUUUGCCAGGAUCAUCUUCAAAUAACAAACCAUCUUCAUACCCAAGUGUUUCAGGAUCACCAGGAUCACCAGGAUCACCAGGUUCACCAGGAUUGCCAGGAACACCAGGCUUUCCCGGUUCUUACCAAAAACCAACAACAUACCCAGGAACAGUAUACCCUAGUGGACCAGGAUCCCCGGGAUCACCAGGCACUCCAGGUUACCCAGGAUCACCAGGAACCCCAGGAUUACCAGGUUCUUCAUACAUCAAACCUUCAUACCCUGUAGCCCCAGUAUCUCCUGGAUCACCAGGAUCUCCGGGUUCUCCAGGUUCUCCAGGUCUACCAGGAAAACCAGGAUCUUACGUUCCACAAUCUACAUAUCCAGGAUCAUCUUAUCCAGGUACCCCAGGUCAACCAGGAACUCCAGGAUUACCAGGAUUACCAGGUAAACCAGGAGCAACAGUCUUACCAAGUACACCAUCGUAUGAAAAACCACAGCCAACUUAUCAAAAACCAAAUGCAGGAUACCCCGGAAGUCCAGGUCAACCAGGUACUCCAGGUUUACCAGGAACUCCAGGAUUACCAGGUACAAUUUCAUAUCCAAAACCAACACCACCGUCAGCAUAUCCCGUAGGACCAGGUAAACCAGGAUCCCCGGGAUCUCCAGGACUUCCAGGUCAACCAGGAACACCAGGUUUACCCGGGUCUAUAUACCAACCCUCAUAUCAAAAACCGUCUUCAAAUAACCAAUAUGGAAAUCCGUCUCCAUAUCCAGGAUCUUCUUAUCCCGGAAGUCAAGGACUACCCGGAACGCCAGGAUUACCAGGUCAACCUGGUACACCUGGAACACCAGGCUCAGCUUAUCCAGGUUCUACAUUGAAUCAAAAACCCAAUUAUCAAUCUGUUAAACCAAGCUCACAGGGUUAUCCGGGUUCUUCAUACCCAGGAAGUCCAGGACAACCAGGCACUCCAGGAUUGCCAGGUCAACCAGGAACCCCAGGUAUACCAUCUUAUCAAAAACCAAAUCCGCCAACAACAUAUCCAGUUCAGCCCACAUAUCCUUCACAACCAUCUUAUACUGGUUAUCCUGGAAGCGCAGGUCAACCAGGAAAGCCAGGUAUUCCUGGUACUCCAGGUACACCCGGAAUUCCCGCAGGACCAUCUUACCAAAAACCUACACCUCCUGCUGGAUACCCAGGAUCUCCUGGAACACCAGGACAACCAGGAACUCCUGGGCUCCCAGGCAAACCAGGCCAAUCAUUUGGACAAAAUCCUCAAGGGUUGGUUGACUAUGGAAAACCUAAUCUAUCAUCAGGAUAUCCCGGAUUUACAGGGCAACCAGGCCUUCCAGGUCAACCAGGAACUCCAGGAACCCCAGGUAUUCCAGGUUCUUAUCCCACUUCACCAAAACCCAGUCCAUCUCCCAUAAAUCCAAGCAGUGGAAGUGUAUCAGGUUUACCAUCCAAUGGUUAUCCAUCAUUAGUUGAAGAAACUCAAACAGGUUAUCCAAAUAAGCCUAGUUCUCAACCAUCAUACCCGGGUCAAAAUUAUGUUUAUCCUGCCAGCUAUCCUCAAAAACCAAAUGUUCCUGAUUAUGGUGCACAGCAACAAAACGUGUACCCUGAGUAUUUAGGUUCAGGAUAUCCAGUACCCCCUCCUCCUAAUGCACCAUUCCCUAAUUAUCCACAAUCUACUGUACCAUCUGGUUACUCUGGUUAUUAUGAAUUGUAUCCAGGUCAAAAUCAAGUAUACUCUGGUCAACCAGAUUUUAAUGCAUACCCAACUGCAGCUGGUGAACAAUAUCCUUUCAACGGAUAUGGUUAUCCCGAACAACAGUUUACAUACCCAGUAACAGAAAAUAAAGGUAAAAAACCUCAAGUAACAACACCUGUCUCUACUCAAACAUCUGGUUAUAAGAGUAAGUCUAGUCAAACUUCUCCGGAAUAUACAAGUAAACCUAGUUUGAUAGAUAUACGUAUAAAUGUUCCAAAUGAACCUGAUUCUAACGAUGGCCAAAAAGCUGUAAUUUUAGGUAAAAAUGAAUUAAUAGGACCUUCAUCAGGAUCAUCAGGACAUUCCAGCUCACUUACUCCACAAUACGUGGAUAGCCCCACAAAGGCACCCAAAUUACCAUAUCAAUUUGGUCAAGGAUCAAAUCAGGUUAUCUUAUCAUCGAGCAAACCAGAAACUAGCACUUCAUUGUAUAGUGUAUCUAGUAAAACACCAUCGACAACUGAAAAUAUUAAAUCAGUAGAUUCACCAAGUACCAUAUCCUAUGAAGAACAAUUUAGUACUCUUUCACCAGAUUCUUCGACACCUGUCAAUAUAAUUCCUUAUCCCUUGCCAAUUGUACCAAACCCAGGAUCUUGUCCAUGCUAUUUUGUUCCACCUACAAAUAAUUCUACCAAUCAACCACAACAACAACAACAACAACAGCCAACAUUUGACUUAAAUAAUCUCCCAGAGGGUGCUGUUAUUGGAUUCGUGCCGGUAGUAUUUUAUCCGUCAUGUGGCGCAGGAAGUGCAGCAUCAAAAGAAGUGGUAUCAUCAAAGUUAAAUCCUGUUUUCCCAUCGGCUUAUCAAGUACCAUACAAAUGUUCAUAUUGUGAACAAGCUGAAUCACAAACUGCAAUCAUUCGAGGAAGUUUUGAUCAAGUAGUAAAACAAAGUCAAUUAAACCCAUCCGUUGUAAUUAAAAGUCCAAGUAGAAAGAAUUUCCCAAAUGCCCCAAUCUAUGACCAACCAGAAUUUGGAAGAAAGAUAAAAGUAGUAAGAAGAAAAACUAAAGAUGAAUAAUAUUGAAAAUAAUCAACACAAAUACUUUAAAGACUAAAAAAAUAAAUAAAAUACCAACAGAAUAAAUUUAACAUUAAAAUUUUUUUUAUAUAUAUUUGAACAUACAAUUUCAUAUAUGAUUUUUCAUAUUGUACUAAAAAAAAAUCAAUUGACAAUCAUUUGUGUUUAACAAAUUAAUACCCCAAACGCUCAGAUAAUUUUAUUUUUAGUUUAAGCUAAUUUUAUUGAAUAUAAUCCGAAUUAUAAGGAUAUUUUUUUUAUCUAAAUUGUUUUUUUUAAAUUAACGUUUAAAAGAUAAAAAUAUAUAGAAUAUAUAAUUAAAUAAUUGACAUUAAAAGUCAUUUUAUGCGUAUAAUCUAUUUUAUUAAACAACAAUUGUAAUUGUAUCAAUCAGAUUUUGAUGAAUUUAUUUGUAUUACGUUUAUUAGUUUAUACUAUUUGUUAAUUAUAACCCGUCCAGAAGUUACCAAACAUUUACUGUCAAUUUAUAGAUACUUUUGUAAGCCUAAUUAAAUAUAUUUUUACGAAAAAAUUGUAUAUAUUUAUAAGAUGGUAACUCCUGGAUAGACGUUGAUUGACAAUUUUAUUUCACUUAAUAAAUAGUUGUUUUAUAUACUGUAACUAAAUGUCAAUUAAAAAAUAAAUAAAGUAUAAUUUGAAUUGUAAAA